UUCUUCUUUAGAAAUUUUAAAAGACAUUGUAGAAUAGAGUUUUGGAAUACAGUCACUCUAUGGUACACUUGGUGCAUCCAUUGAAUCCAGAGAUUCUGUCUUCAUUGGAAGAAAUCUACCUUCCCAGUUUCAUUUUCAUGAGUGGUCCUCAUCUUUACCCUUCUAUGAUGGAAAUACUGAGGGAAUACAGUGAGUAACCUGAUUAUGAUCAUACCUCCAAUUUUUGGUGCAAUUCAAGGCGUUAGAGAUAGACUGGAGAAACGGUACAUUGCUGCUUACUUAGCACUCACAGUGGUAGGAAUGGGAUCCUGGUGUUUCCACAUGACUCUGAAAUAUGAAAUGCAGCUGUUGGAUGAGCUCCCCAUGAUUUACAGUUGCUGCAUAUUUGUAUACUGCAUGUUUGAGUGUUUCAAGACAAAGAGCUCAAUAAACUACCAUCUUCUUUUUACCCUAUUUCUAUACAGUUUAACAGUAACCACGAUUUACCUAAAAGUAAAAGAACCUAUAUUCCAUCAGGUCAUGUAUGGAAUGUUGGUCUUUACAUUAGUACUUCGUUCUAUUUAUAUUGUUACAUGGGUUUAUCCAUGGCUUAGAGGACUAGGUUAUACAUCCUUGACUGUCUUUUUAUUGGGGUUUUUAUUGUGGAAUAUAGAUAACAUCUUUUGUGAUUCACUGAGGAACUUUCGAAAGAGAGUGCCCCCCGUCCUAGGCGUUACAACACAGUUUCAUGCAUGGUGGCAUAUUCUAACUGGCCUGGGUUCUUAUCUUCACAUCCUUUUCAGUUUAUAUACAAGAACACUUUACCUGAGGUACAGGCCAAAAGUGAAGUUUCUCUUUGGAAUCUGGCCAGCAGUCAUGUUUGAACCUCAGAGGAAGCACUGAUGAAUUAUUCUACCAAGAAAAUAAAAAGCAUCUACUGUAUGUAGUUCUGCCAAGAUGGUCAAGAAAUCCCCAAAGACUUGUACAUUCGAAGACACUAUGCCCAUCACAAGAGAUGAAUGACUCAGCCAUAGAGAAUGGGCAAUUGGUCUGUUGGGUAUUUAGCUCCUGGCUUUAUCUCGUUUGCCCUGGACCUAAGAUGCUUAGAGAAAAACAGAAAGUGUAUAUUUAUAUUCUAGAAUGGUGGAGAAGUUGGGCUUUUCUUAACAGGUUAACAGUUUGUGCUGGUUAUUCAUGGAAAAUUAAUAUUUUUUCUUUUUUUCUAUUUUUACAAGAGUUGCAUGUUAAUUGUAUCUUUAUUAAUUUUUAAUUAAAUAUUGAACAAAGUCAUUAAGUACUGGCAAAAUCCC